AUGGCUACCCCAAGUGUUCUUACCUUUGAUACUGAGGGUCGUGCUGUUGACUUUGAGGUCUGGGUAGAUGACCUCCAGCUGUUCCUCAAGUGCGAUAGGGCAGAUAGCCUCUCCCUGUUCGACCUCACCUCUGGUGCCUCCCCUGCCCCGCCUGCUACUGCUGUCAGCACUGUUCGCUCACAGUGGGCGACACGUGAUGAAGCUACCCGUCUUGCUGUGAGUCGCCACUUACCGACCACUGAGCGUGCGCACUUUAGCCAGUACAAGAGUGCUCAGACCUUGGACCACUUCCUCUCUGUUUGCCCCACCACUCUCACCGUUGACCUCCUCAAGGAGCGCCUCCUAACAGCAGAGAAGAGCAUAGUCUCUGUACGAGCCUCUCGUGGUGACCCUCGCACCCCCGCCUUUGAGGUGUGUUCCCCCGUCCCCCUCUUGCCCUCUGUUGCUUCUGCUGCUGCUGCCGACCUUGUUGGUUUCUACGGGGUCGGCGCUGCGUCUGCCUCUAGCAGGAGACGCCGCACCGGCAAGGGCAAGGGGGGCAAGGGAGCUAGAGGGGCUGGCGGGGGCAGUGGAGGUGGUGGUGGAGGCAGUGGAGGGGGUGGGGGUGGUGGUGUGAGUGGUGGCGGGGCUGGCAGCAAGGUGGCAGCAGUGGAGGCGGAGGAGGCGGCGCUGGUGGCGGAGGGAGCGGAGGCGGCGGAGGUAGUGGAGGCGGCGGAGGUGGCGGAGGCCGCGGAGGCGGCGGCGACGGUGGAGCUGGUCGCGACUCUGCGCAGAGGAGUGGGUCCGGUGGUGGUCCGCCCCAGCACCAGCAGCGCGGUCGUGUGUCCCAGGUAG